AUGGCGGCACCCGGCCAGCCGUCUCCCCAGCAAAUUGCGGCCAUGCAGCAGCAGUUCGCUGCUGAAGCCGCAAAGCGUGGAAUGACCCCUGAAGAGUUUGCCAAGCAGCAGCGCGAACAACUGGAUGCUGAAGCUGCAAAGCAUGGAAUGAGUACCGAGCAAUACGUCAACCAACUGAGAAUGCGAGCUCUCGCCCAACACCAGAAACAAGUUGAAGCCCAGCGACAGAAUCAAUCGUCCUCACCACAGCCGGGACAGUCUGAACAAGGCCAACAACAACAACAGCAGCAGACAACGCAUCAAGUUCCAGUAAAUCCGUCAAAUCCUCCCGAUCCUAAGGCGAUCGCUGUUGCCCAGUUCCUCCGCUCCCAGAACCUGAAGCCGAGAACAUGUAUUAUGGAUGGACAGAGGAAGGAUAUGUUUAAAGUAAAACGUGCUAUUCGCGCUCUCGAAUCCCCGGCAUACGCCAAAGCCGCCGCCAAAAAGAACUCUCUUCUUCCGCCGGUGACGGACCGCGCCUCAGCGGAGAAUGUUUUUAAACUCCUCCCUCUAUCCCUGCUUGCAUUGCGGGUUUCAAAGGUCGAUCCCCAUGAAGGCCACAAUCACGCCAAACCAAAGAACCGCGUCAAGGGGCUCUGGACUGUCAAAAUCGAGCAACACCAGGAAACUGAUCCCAUGAUGCACUACGUAUGGCUUUACGAGGGACCCCAGUGGAAACAGAAAGCAAUGGCUGCUGCGGUAGUGGCCGGUAUCUUUGCCGUUGUUUUGUUCCCCUUGUGGCCUAUGAUGUUGAGGCAGGGAGUCUGGUACCUCAGUGUAGGGAUGAUGGGUCUGCUGGGUCUGUUCUUCGCCAUGUCAAUUUUCCGACUGAUCCUGUUCUGUGUGACCGUAUUUGCGGUUCCACCUGGCCUCUGGCUUUUCCCCAACCUGUUUGAAGAUGUUGGUUUCGUGGAUAGUUUCAAGCCUCUCUGGGGCUGGCAAGAGACUAAGAAGAAAAAGAAGUCCAAGAAGUCCGGUGAUGCAUCCAAGUCUGCCAAUUCUCAGGCUCAGAGCGCUACCCCAUCUUCAACUACAACCGCCACGCCCACACCCAACACAUCAGGAGUCGUGAAGCGUGAUCUCGCUCCUCGGGUCGAAGAAGCCGCUGAUGAGUAA